AUGGAGGCUUCAGACCUCGACCAUCCACGAGAACAGGAACAGGGAGGGAUCCGCCCGAAGAGCAUCAAUGAUGUGGACCCCAUCACAGGUCGGAGCAAGCGCAAGGCAAGAAGGACUGGCGAGCGGUGUAUCCGCAGCAGGACUGGCAUCAGGUUUCGGCAUGGGUCUAGUGCCAGAUACGAUACCAAGGGAUUCUCGACAAACCAGACUUGGUUGAAACCGAAAAGGGCACUUGAAUUAAAAUACAUUGACGAGACUGCCGAGUUGACAGCAAUCUAUGACCAGGAUGCAGAAUUCGAGCAUGCCGAAGACCUGGAGGGUGAAGAUGAGGUCGAGCCCGGGCCGGCUUCAUCUCUAGGGGAUGGAGAGGGAGGCGAUGAUGCAGUUGACCUUCCUGACACAGCCACGCAUUCAUACCACCAAGAUAAAGGCACAACGGAUUUCACCAAUUCAGGGACAGGGACGGGAGACGCUUCGAAUGCCGGGGUCAGUGCAUGGCCGUCACAAACAGGCAAACAAUCCAUCCUCGAAAAUGCCGCUGAGUCGACUACUGGACCUUCGCCCCUUUACAUACGCAGCCAUUGGGGUGCCCAGAGUUCAAUCCCUUACUCCUCCCCUGUUCAGACCAGGCCCGAAGACUUUGAGCCGCCGAGCUCGCCGCUGUUCACGGGCCUGGUGAAAAAGCCAUCGAGGUCAUCGACCCAAUCAAUACACACGGUACAGGAGGUGAUUCUUCUUCGCUAUUUCGUGGACCAUCUGGCUCGGUGGUUCGAUCUCUGUGACCCAGAGAAACACUUCGAAUUCAUCGUCCCUCACCGUGCGCGCUGGUGUCCGCCACUCCGAAACGCCAUGCUUGCCGCUGCAGCGCGCCACCUCACCCGCGUUCGCCAUUCAAAGCUAGGCCCGGAGAAUGUCUAUUACCUCGACGGCCAGCCGGUUCCUGACCUGACCGAAGAAACGGCCUUGCACUACCACAGCGAAUGUAUAAAAGACCUGCUCAAGCGAAGCCUCGACCCAGAACAGACAAGAGACGAGAACCUCCUGGCGGCAGCCAUCAUCCUCCGGUUUUACGAGGAGAUCGACUCGCCCCUCCGCGCCGACGAGGAACGAGACAGCGAGCUCUUCCUUCGUGUCAUGAACGUCUUUAUCGAUGCACAAAUUCCCUCGGUCCCGCUUGUCCCCCAUAGUUCACCGGUCAUCAACGGGCCCAAGGUCGGCCCGAUUGCGAGAUACAAUACCGUGCCAUCUCCAGAAGCGGUGCACUCCCCUAUUGUCCCCGCAGUCGCAUCGCCCUCGCAGAACUUGGGUAGUUCAGUUGAUGGCCAGUCGAGGUGGCGAGCAGACGGUCUCUGUCAAGCCAGUUUCUGGGUGGCAUUUCGCCAGGAGAUAUAUUCGGCCUUCCUGAAACAACGGCCUUUUAACCACGAUCUCUCGCGCUGCGAGGCGUUUCGAUCCUUCUCACCAGCCGAAGACGCCGUGUGGGCCGACAGGUUGAUCAUUUUCUGCGCGGACGUCCUCGAAUUCUGUUAUGGGAACAGUAACUCGAGCACGCGCCUAGACACAAACCUCUCCACCACGGACAACUGGCUCUCCCUCAAGCAGUACGAGGAAAUGUGGCCGGAAGUACUCCCGGCCUCCUUCGAACCCAUUUACUACCGCGACCCGGACAGGUCGAAGGGAGAGGUAUUCCCCGAGGUCUGCUAUUUGGCCGACUGUCACGUCACCGGCGUGCAGCACGUUGAACUGGCCAAGAUCCUGCUGGCCGUGUACGAUCCUACGCGACCGAAGCUUGGGCCCGGCCACGUCGCCAGCAUGAAAGCAUUGAGCCGGGAGUUGAGGACGAUCGUGCUGCGUCUUUGUGGAAUCGCCAUGAGCAACCGCAAGACGCCGCCGGGCCUGGUGACGGCACUGUUGGGCAUAGUGGUGUGCGGAGAUCACUUCGAGGACAGAAUGGAACAAGAUGCUCUGUUUGGCAUACUGGAUGAGCUGGAAGGGACGCACGCUUGGCCGAUCGGCAACACGAGGAAUCUGCUGAGGGACGCUUGGGGAAGGCCCUGA